GAAAGACAGACUUUGAAGGCGCGAAACCCCCCAAGUGAAGUUAUUUAYAGUGAUGCAUGAUCUUUCUACAACACCUGCUGAUAGUUGUUGCAAAACAAAACCAGCUUGUUUACACAAUUCAACUCAUGAGGGAGUAUCCUUAUAUACAGGGGCAAACUUUAACUUACCAGUCCUUCGUGAAACAUGAACCAAGCUCAAAUGAAACGGCCGAGAAUGUUACAGUAGAAUGGGUACUACCCUCUUCUGUUUCCUACCAGAGUUACGAAUCUCUGUCCAGUGCCAAGACACCUAACGAUGUAUCAUCAAAUAUCAAUACAAUUACCAUGAAUUUUGGAUCUCUAUCACCAUCGGAGGAGAUCAAUAUUCUGAUUAAUGUCACGUUGGAUCCUGGCCAUACAUUGCGUGACAACCUUUUCCGUCACGUAACAAUUAGCACCGCUUUGAAAUACCGCUGGUCAAACGAGUGUAGCAAAGAAAAAUCUUCCAGCAAAGCAUUACACUUCCCGUUCUUCUGUCCAGAAUGCAGUAACUUUGGAAGUCUGGGAAUGGCAGAUGGAAAUAUCAAGGACAGUCAUAUCCAGGCCUCCACCGUUCAAAGAUACCGAUCAAAUAAUAUGGCAUGGGAAUGGAAACCAAUGACGUCAUUUGAUCAUCUAAAUUUAAAGAGAAAAAUGAAAUUUAACUUUCUGCAAAUAGACUUGAAAUCAUCAAGACAAGUUGAUAUGRUAAUGUGUUAUUACACCAAAGUAUUUGUUGAUGGAAUCCCUGCUCGAGAUCCUAUACCCUGGAACAUCAUUCAACUCUCCUUCAGUCACAACUCUUGGAAAUGGAAAACACAGAAAAACUUGCAAAAAGUAGAGGUUUUCCAAGGAGAAGACAUCGUUGCUGUUGCCAUAACAACACUCAAGCCAAUCAAAACGCGCUUCAUAAGAAUCAACGUUCCUCCUUAUGGCCUUCUGGAUCAAACCACCUAUAAAGUGCAGUUGUUUGGUUGUAAUCCUAGCGAGGGCCUUAGUCAAGAUCCUCCUCCUGUUGGUAUUGAGUUUCCAUCACUGGUACCAGACUCUCGGUUCAGCUCCCCGUCCAUCCUUGGCCCUCAGUACCAGCCUCAUUUUGGGAGACUGAACAAUCAAAUAGACGGUGGGUCUUGGUGCGCAUCUGGUUGUAGUCCAUUACAGUAUCUUCAGAUAGAUUUGGGAGACACGUGGAAGAUAAGUGAGAUCGAAAAUCAAGGCAGACACUCAACAAAUGGUACUGUUUUCGCUGUCAAGACCUAUUCCCUCUCGUCCAGUUUAGACGGGGCUUCCUGGACGCCAUAUAAGAGCAAUGGAGAAACCAAGAUCUUCUGGGGAAACGAUGUUGCAAACUUAGCAACCAGACACAAGCUUUUCCAGGCCCUCACGGUUAAGUAUGUGCGUUUUGAGCCCAGGACUUGUACUGAAAGUGUUGCGUGCAUUCGUGUCGAGUUGUAUGGAACAAAAACAAGUGUUGAAAACCGAAAAGUUUUACCAGGAGUCGUGUUUGGACGUUCGAUACUACUAAAGCCAUCUGAAAAUAUGGCAUUUGUUUGCAACACUGAAGUCGCAGAGAAUAAUGCGCAUUGUUUUUCAAGUAAAGAUAAAGGUAGCACAUGGGAAGCGGUUCCAUUUCAAGUAUUAAGCGUUUUGGCAUACGAUUCUACUGAGCAAAGAUUGUACGGUCUGACACGAAAUGGUAAGAACAUUUUGAAAAGCAAAGAUCCCAACGGCGACAAAUGGCGAGGAAUACCCCUCAAGGAUUGGUUCUCGGUCAAAGAUGGUAGCUCAGUCUACACAGCAGUCGAGAUUCCUUUUGUACCAAUCAGUCGUACUCAAACCAACGUCGUUGAACCAUUAGUGCAAUUGACAGCUUUAAAUGGAGACGAAUGGCAAGCUGAUCAAAUAGGAGUGUAUUACAAGCCAGUUGAUGGGGCUAGCAAAAUGGUUCUGUCUUUCUUACCAUACAGUCAAGACCUUUCACCAAAUCCAUGCCAUACUGGUGUUUGUUUACAUGGUCGAUGUGAGCAACUUGUUCGCUCACAAUUCAAAUGCCACUGUAGACAAGGAUACACAGGACGCUUUUGUGACACAGCUACCGACUAUUGUUUAUCUAAUCCUUGUCAAAAUGGAGGAACUUGUUCACCACUAUUCUUGUUCUUUAACUGCUCGUGCCAACCGGGUUAUUCGGGCGAAAGGUGUCAAGAUUAUGACGAAUGCACGAUCCAUGCUUGAAUGGAGGGACGUGUGUUGAUGGUGGUAACAACUUUACUUGUACAUGCGCACCGAACUACCGAGGAGUAACUUGUCAAGAUUUUGACGAUUGUGCAAGCUCUCCUUGCCUUCAUGGAGGUACUUGUACUGAUGGUGCAUCUUCUUACAAGUGUUCUUGUCUAGCUGGUUAUUCUGGCACAAACUGYCAAGUGAUGCCUUGUUCAUCAAGCCCUUGUUUAAAUGGUGGAACAUGCAGUCAUCCAAAUAGCGGGGGGUACUUGUGUGCCUGUAACAUACGAUAUUCAGGCCCUCAUUGUGGAAAUGGUGGUUUUGUCACAAGCAGAGGAAGCCGGGGGUCUUCAUUARUCUGGAGCUACAGCAGCGGGAAGUACGAUAAGUUAGUCUUUUAUUCUGAUAGAAAUUUGACAGUAUUUGGUGUUUGUUUGUCUGAUACUUUUGCUUCCGGUAGUGACGUUUCUUGUUCAUUUGAAUCAAGGAUUCGUAAGGAAGGCAGCAGUACAAUACUUGGUUCUCGCAGUGCAAAAGUGUAUUGUGAAAAGGAUAAUAAAUACGUAAACUGCCCAUCA